GGAGCGAGGUAAGGGGAACAGCUGACAGUCGAACUAAAACACCGCAGACAUCUUGCAUUCGAAUAUGGUUCUUUCAUACUAGAACAAUCUUAAAUAAUGUGACAGAAACUAUCAAAUUAAUUUUUAUUUAAUAAAAAUAGACGGCCUAACAACUGUAGUUUGUGUAAAGUGUCAGUGAAAUUGUGUCCUGUUUUUCUUACAAUAAUUAUUAAACGUGACGUCAUGUGAUUGCGUUUAUGGAGUGUGUAUGACAAGAAAAAAAAAUGAGUUCUGUUACCGAAAACAACAACACUUUCUUUCUUCAAAAGAAAUUCACUCCGGACGUUUCCGACAGGGAAUUAUACCUUCAUGCGAACAACUAUCCCUCCCUGGUAUCGAUAGAAAAUUUGAGUAAUAACAAUAACAAUAAUAAUAACAAUAACAACAACCAAACGGACACAGACAAAAACAUCAAUGAUGUUUGGACAAAGGAUAAUUUUAUGAAAAAGAAAGCACAAUGUGGAUUGAAAGAAUCCUCCGCUAAGAACGCUAACAUUAUAAAAACCUGGGCAUCGAAAGAAUCGGAACAAAAAGAGGAAGACGUGCAAGAUGAAAUGGCAAACGAUGAGGUUGCAGAAGAUGAUAAGAAGGAAUCGUCACCAAGACCGCCUACACCUGAAAAAGAAUCGACUUCUCCAUCCCAUCACGCCAGAAGACCCAUGAAUGCAUUUCUGAUAUUUUGUAAAAAGCAUCGACCCAUAGUACGUCUGAAAUUUCCAAAUUUGGAAAACAGAGGCAUCACGAGAAUAUUGGGAGAAUGGUGGGCAAUGUUAGACACUACUGACAAAAGCGCUUAUACCAGUUUAGCCAAAGAAUACAAGGAUGCAUUUUUCUCUGCGAAUCCCGACUUCAAAUGGUACAAGUUACCCGCACCACCCCUGCGUACCCUCACAACCCGGCCUACAACCACUUUACCAUCAAAAAUGUCACCGGUUUCCAGCCCACCACAGAACAGUAUAUCUAACGCCGAAUUCACUCCUGGAAAACUGGCUGACGAAUCCCAGCUAGGCAGUCUCACUUCUUUGUUGAGCCCCAACAGUACCAUGAAGUCGGAUACCACAUACAUGGACGUGGAUAAAUCAAAAUCAGUAGCUCAAUCGACUACCUCCCUCCAAACAAACAAUUGUACAUCUUCAACGAAGAAAACAGAUACUUCAACUUUUAAUACACCAGAGAAUAGCAUAAAGGUGAGUACCAGUGUGCCUCCCAAGAAGAGAAUCAGCGAAAAUUUCAGCAAUUUCGACAAUAAAAACGUCGUCCGUGAUAUUUUCAACACCAAAUCGUCCACAAAUUAUCAAGAAGAGGACGAUGGUAACGUUACCAAACAGGAUCUGGUCGAUAAGGUCGUGGACAGUAUAUUUUCCGCUAACAAAGACGAUGAAAUAAUGAAAUCCAACGAUUCAAAAGAACCCAGAAAGUCCAUUCGAUCUUGCAAGGGCAGAAGAUACGCCGAAUUUAUGGUAGAAGGAAAACUGUUUGGAAACAAGCACUCCAAGAAAGGUGCAAUGCAAGACAAAUAUAAGUACGAGACACCCAGAUCUCCAAUUCUUCAUGUAAAAUCUUCUUCCAAGCAAAAUUUGAUUGCUCCAUACUUGGAAGACACCAUCAAGCGUUUGGCCGAACGUACAAAUAAGAACGUUUAUAGCAAACUAGAAAACACUAAAGACGAAAAGAUGGACGAAGAUAGACCUAAAAGUUCUCAAUCGGAAAACUCGGAAGAAGGAAAUUCUUCAAGUCAAAAUUAUUUCGAUUUGGACUUGAGGAUUUCAGAACUUCCCAGUUUGAGUUACGAUGCUUAUGUGCAACGUAAAAGGGCCAAUAAGAAGCGAAAACCGAUAAGGCAUAAAAUUGAAGAGAACGAUUCAAAGUCAAAUUGUGUUGGAACUGUUCCCAAAAAUGAAGAGAAUUGUCUCGUUGGAUCGAAGAAAAGGAAAAACAAGAAUUCAAUUACCAGACUUGAAAGUCCAAACGAUCAUGCUAUUAUAAGUCAGUUUACUAACGAUUUAUCUGGUCUAGCCACAUUGGCUGAAAUAGCAGCAAACACCGAAAAAAUUAACUGAAAAUAUUUUUUACCCAUUCAAAAAAGUCUAAAAGUAUGUAUACAAGAUGGUUCAUAGGACAACUGCAAAAUUCUAGACAUGAAAAUGGAAUGUUUUGAUCAGACAAAGAUAUCUAUGGGAUUGAGGUUUAUUACAAAAAUUCAAAAACCAUUACUAAUUUAAAUAGAUUAGAAUGAGCUUUUUCAAUUAAUAAAGGAAUCCUCUAAAAUUUUUUGGAAUUACUGUUCUCUCAAAAUCAACACCCAAUAUACAUUUCUUUUAUAAUAUUAUUUUUAUGUUUAGAAUCGGCAGUUGCUCUAUGUCCUAAUCUGUAUAGACCACCAAAAAUAUGUUUUUAUUGGUUCCAAAAUCAGGAAUGGAUUAUGUAUUUAUUUACAGAAAAUUUUUUAAGGAGAUAAAUAAUCACGAUGGGUUGUUAAGUUUUAAAAUUUUACAAAGCAAUAUCAUAAAUUAGUAGAAUAGAUUCGCGUAAGCAAAAGAAACAUAAAAAAGGAAAAGAAAACUACUUUUUAUGGUCGUUAAUUGAUGAGGAAAUUAUAUUUAAAUAAAGAUACACGAUAUACCUUCUAGUGUCUUAGAAAAACGCCUUCACUC